GCCAAUAAAUCAAAAGAAAGCUGGUCUCUGCCUUCUGAAAUUGAUUCUCUGAUUCCCUCCCAUAGGUGGGAUCAGAGGAUCGUCUUCUUGCCGACCCCAUUGGCGUAUGUAUGUAUAUUGAUUGAUUGAUUGGUACACACAUACAGAAAUAUAUUGGCGGAAACCAACCCUCCAUGCUCUUGAAGCCUUGUGAAAUUCGAGGACUUGUUGCAUGGACUGAAUGAGCUUCAUUGACACAGAACAGAUUUGGGGAAUCAUAGAGGUUUGAGUUUUGGUCUUUUGGUUUCUCCAAAUGGGUAUCCCACAAGCUGACGGAAAAAUGGAGGGCUGGCUUUACCUUAUUCGACCAUCCCGAUUUGGGUUGCAAAACUCGCGUAAAAGGUACUUUGUCCUUGAAGAUAACUGCCUUAAGAGCUUCAAAUCAAAGCCCAUCUCGGAUAAAGAGGAGUCAAUAAGAAGUGCAAUUAUUGAUUCCUGCAUUCGAGUUACAGACAACGGAAGAGAGAGCUAUCAUGGAAAAGUGUUCUUUACCUUCUCCCUAUGUAAUACAUCAAACCAUAAUGAUCAGCUCAAGUGUGGAGCAAGUCGCCCAGAAGAAGCAGCUAGAUGGAUCCGUUCUUUACAGGAUGCUGCACUAAACCCAACUAAGAAUUUUGUGGCUUGUUCUAAGAGAAAAUGGCAGCCUUUUAGAUUGACUGUUUCAAAGAGGAGUGCCCGUAAAAAUUCGGUAGACUGGACUUCUUCCUCAUGCAUGCAUAUGGAUGCAAUGACAUCUGAUGUAAUUGCACCUUCGCCAUGGAAAAUUUUUGGCUGCCAAAACGGAUUACGGAUGUUCAAAGAGGCAAAAGAUAAUGAUUUUGGUGGGAGGCAUUGGGAUGAUCAUCCAGCAAUAAUGGCAGUUGGUGUAGUUGAUGGAACUUCAGAGGCUGUUUUUCGCACUCUUAUGUCUCUUGGUCCUUCAAGAUCAGAAUGGGACUUCUGUUUUCACCGAGCCAGCGUGGUUGAGCACCUUGAUGGCCACACAGAUAUUGUUCACAUGCAGUUAUGGAAUGAUUGGCUACCAUGGGGAAUGAGAAGGAGAGACUUUCUCAUACGGCGUUAUUGGAGAAGGGAGGAUGAUGGCACAUAUGUAAUUCUAUUUCAUUCUGUAUUCCACAGAAAGUGUCCUCCACAGCAUAGCUAUGUCCGAGCUACCCUUAAAAGUGGAGGAUUUGUUGUAACUCCCAUUAACCAUGGAAAAAAAUCAGUUGUAAAGCACAUGCUUGCUAUUGAUUGGAAGUUCUGGAGAUCAUAUUUAAGAAAAGGUUCUGCAAGAUCCAUAACUAUCUGUAUGCUUGGGAGAGUUGCAGCAUUAAGUGAGUUGUAUAGGGCAAAAGCAGGAGACUACUCCUCUUCGGAAUUCUCAUUUGUGGAGAAGACUAAAGAUAUCGGAUUGCAAAGUGAAAAAGCAAAUAUCAACAUUGAAGUUGCAAACCCCGAGGAGCUAAUAGCCAUAGAGGAUAACAAAAAGGAGGAUGAUCCAGAAAAUACAGCUUCUGGGAAUUCAAGCCUGCGUGGACUAAAUGAUGCAGGUGAUGAGUUCUUUGAUGUUCCUGAGCCAUCAUCAGAUGAUGACCAACUAGAGAAUGAUUGGUGUUCUGAUCAAAAUUUGCACUAUCCGGAAGUUCACCACACACGAUUGUCAUCGGCUGCCGGUUUUGUGAAAAAAUUGCAUGGCCUUGCUACUCAGAAGAAGGGUUAUGUUGAUUUGCAAGAAGCAGCUUGGGAAGAAAAUGUGCCAUCAUGUUGUUAUGGGGCAACUCUUGCAAAAGAUCCCACUUGUAAUAUGCCUUGCAGUUGGACAACUGCCGACCCUUCAGCAUUUCUAAUCCGAGGAGAAAAUUAUUUACGUGACCGUCAUAAGAUCAAGGCGAAAGGGACAUUGAUGCAAAUGGUCGGUGCAGAUUGGCUAAGAUCAGAUAAACGUGAAGAUGAUCUUGGUAGUCGUCCUGGCGGCAUUGUUCAGAAAUAUGCAGCUAAUGGUGGACCAGAGUUCUUCCUUGUCGUUAACAUUCAGGUGCCGGGUUCAACUACAUAUGGUCUGGCACUAUAUUUCAUGACAAAAACUCCUCUGCACGAAACCCCUUUACUGGAAAGCUUUGUCAAUGGAGAUGAUGCCUACAGGAAUUCAAGGUUUAAGCUCAUACCAUACAUUUCUCAGGGGUCAUGGAUAGUAAAACAGAGUGUGGGGAAGAAAGCUUGUUUGAUAGGUCAAGCACUCGAAGUAAAUUAUCAUCGGGGAAAGAACUACUUAGAGCUUGGGAUCGAUGUCGGAUCCUCAACAGUGGCAAGGGGGGUAGUCAAUCUUGUUCUUGGUUACCUCAACAAUCUUGUCAUCGAACUCGCAUUCUUGAUACAGGCUAAUACACAGGAUGAGCUCCCGGAAUGUCUGCUUGGAACAUGUCGGUUUAAUCACCUCGACGCGUCCAAAACCGUUGUAGUAACACCAUGAUUAUCAACCGCCAAGAAACUGUUCAACUUGUCAAUGCAGAUGCAGCAAAGUGUUGAUUAUUGAAAAAAAAUAAAUAAAUCAGUCAAGGUGAAGAGUAGGUGGUGGUUGAAUCUAGAAGAGAUAGUAUGUGCAGUGGGAAGCUGUUACUUUCGAGUGAGGCUAUUCAUUUUGUAUAAGGUUGUCUCUUCUCAAUCAAAGGCUUUAGGUUCUUUUCUAUUCUUUGUUGAUUCCUUUAUAAUUUUGUUAUUAUUAGUCAUAUUAAUAUUAAUAUUAAUAUUAUUAAUGUAUUCAAUAGGAAUAUCAUAUGAAGGAAGGGUGAGCAUUUGGUGAAGCAUAUCUAAUUCU